GGUUCGCCGUGAUCACGUUGGGUGUUGUUAGGCCGACGCCGCCGCCGACACGGUCUCGAGUUUUCCGCGUAGGAUUUUUUCCUUCUGUCUGCCCUCGGUCGUUUCACCAACAUCGUCGUCGUCGCACACGUCGUACACGUCGGCAACAGACGGGAUAACAAUAUUAUAAUAUACAGUUGUUGUUGUCGCUAUUAUUAUCGUUAUAUUAUUAUUAUUAUCGCUAUUAUUAUUGUUAUUACCGUACUGUUACACGUCGGAGACGGGAUUUCGAGAACGAUUAUACAUUUACUCUUCCCCCGUUUUCUCCACCGAAUCUUUAUCACCUAUAUUUUUACGGAACGGUUCCGCGUGGAGGCCGACGUUGCCGUCAAUAGAGCCAACAUGUUGACGAGGCUUUGGAAGUACGCUGGUCCCGAAGUAAUGGACUCAGAAUAUCUGCUGCACGCCGGCGUGAUUUCCAUGGUAGAGUUCGAUGAUGACAUAUUCGCGGCGGGCAACUGUUAUGAUCAGCACCAGUACAAGCACUACCAGCUGUUCUGCCCAUACGCGUACCGGCUGCCUAAGGGCGAGGGCAUAUUGGCCAAAGACUUGGCCGUCGAGUACAAGUACCUGACCAACGCAAGUGAAUGGUUUUUUAUCGCCCGGAAGACCGCCGAAUCGGUCAUACAACGCAACAAUCAGUAUAAACACGCAAUCAAUACGUAUACUUGGAAUCAAACGAGUCAUACAAAAAGUUUUCCUGAUGACAUUCUUGCAGUAUCGUACGAAGACGGUAAAUGGAGCAAACCAUAUUAUGAUUGUGGAGGCGGAAAUAUAUGGAUGCUCACAUACACUGUACCAUUCUUUGCUUUCAAGGACGCCAAGUAUUUUUUCAAGGGGACUAGUGGAAUUGAUAUCGAUUUGCGGAGAGUGGAUAUCGACCAAUGCAGUUUACCUGAAGGCAGUACAAAGCUAAAUAUUUUUGCCUCUUCAAACAAAUGUAAAAUAGAAACGACUCAGUGUGUAUCGUUAGCUGGAUUUGGUUUUCGUCGUGGAAGUUAUAAGUGUGUGUGCCGUAAAGGAUAUUUUUUUCCAAAUAUCACAAGCACUGAAAAGUCGUUCAAUGGAGUCGUAGUAGAAGAAGAAUAUGAAAAGCUCAUGUUGGGAAAACCUAAUACGUACAACGUUGAAACCAACUUUCAGUGUAAAAAAUGUGCAGAGGGUUGUGAUGACUGCGUUGAUUUUAGUCCAUGCAUUGCCACCUACGACAUUAUACUUCGAAUCACAAUACUAUUAUUAACGCUCGUGGUGAUCGGGUUUUUACCCAUGGUAGCUGUAUUUACAUUCAAAUAUAGUGAUCUCAAGAUUGUAAAAGCCGCUAGUCCAGUGUUAUUACAGAUAAUAAUCUUGGGAGCUUUUUUUAUGUAUACAACGAUCAUCGUCAUGUAUCCAACACCAAAUCUAGUGACGUGCACUGCAAGGUUUUGGCUCAGAGAAAUUGGAUUUUCUCUCACUUACGGCGCACUCAUGUUGAAAACUUGGAGAGUAUCUCAAGUGUUCAAAGUGAACUCAGCAAAGACCGUUCGCAUUACUGACAAGCAGCUAAUUAAACUUCUGCUUCUAAUGAUCGCAUUUGUCACCGUGAUACUGUUCAUCAGGACGAUGGUGUCUCCACCACACACGAUUGUCGGUCGCACAGCAGACAAUCUUAAGACAGAUAUUUGUCCCACAGAUUGGUGGGAUCACUCGUUUUCUAUUUUGGAAGUUCUAUUCUUAAUUUGGGGUAUCCGGUUGUGUGUAAUGGUUCGGAAAACGCCGUCUGCUUUCAAUGAAAGUCGGUUCAUUUCUAUAGCCAUAUAUAAUGAGUUCAUCAUGUCCGUAUUUCUUAAUGUUUCCAUGAUAUUUUUAAAAUACCCAGCUAAUCCAGAUUUACAAUACGUCAUAUUUUUUUGUCACGCUCAACUUACGGCAACUGUAUUACUGGGACUUUUAUUUGGCAGUAAGGCUUUGAUAAUAUACAAAGGCGAACACAAGGUGGAAGAAACGUCUUCUCAUAAAAUAACUACACAAAAGCUGAAGUUCAAUAGUAAACAAAAACAUUCUGAUCCAUCGUAUGAAAGUAUAAGUGACAACAAAGAAAUCACAGAACUCCAGGAAAUUCGAAUUUUAAGAACUACCAUAGAGAACCUUAUAGAAGAGUUUCUCAAGUGUGGGCCGGCGUAUUCAGACUAUGUAUUGAGACUACAGGCUAUGUUGGAAGUAAUGAAAAACUCUAAACUGGGCGAAAGUGAAGAAUUACAGCAGAAAUUGGCCUUGGGCAAUGGCUGCGUGAUCAAAGUGGACAGCAAUAAAGACGAAUCAUGUACAAAAAAACAUUAAGUUAUAUUUUAAAUUCAUUAAAAUGAUAAUUUUUUUAACUAUGUGAUUGAAGUUAAAUAGUGGCUCAAUACACCGAAUAGUGAUUUUCCGUCGUUUUUUUCUGUGAAAUAUUUUCAUUUGUGAUCCUAAAUUUUUGUUUUUUAUUUUAGCUGUAUUCAUUUGCACUGUUUAAUUAUCUCAUAUUUUAAUACUUACUAGAUUUUUGAUGUUCUGGUGAUAACAACUAACCAGUUAGCAGUUGAAACUAUUUGAAAAAUGCAAAUGAAGAUGGACUAUAGUCGUAGAUACAUAGUAUUUAAAACAAUCUUGUUGUAUGUAGACAGAUGAGUAUAACCAACUCAGAAUAAAAAUACUUUAAAUAUCAGACUACGGUAUAGUCAUAUCACAUAAUAAAUGCCUAUUAAAUACCUACCUAUUAGUUCCUUAUUCAAUACAAUUAUUAUAAUAAAGUGAAAAUCAUUCUAUCAAAACGAUUUAUUCGAUAGUUGAAAAUAUUCCUAAUAUUAUAGCGUUGAUUUGUUUUAUA